UAGUAGAGUAAAGCGUGUUUCAUGUCUUGUUCCCUGACAUGUUGAAUGUCACUUUAAAAAUAAAUAAUAUAUCAGCUGUAUAUCUGUUUGGGCGAAUUGGGACCUUUCGGCCACCGGAAGCACUGUACUGCAGCGCGUCCUUGGAUACCGCCGACGCGUUCUUCACUGCGGUCUGUCUGAUCUGACCAAAUGGUUCUGAGUGAAAAGGGGGGUAAACUGCCCCCUUAGCCGCUCAGCUACCAUUGUGUACCCACACGAAAAAGACGAUGGUAGCAAUAUUGACGCGUCGGAAUGGGGUCGAGCUGGGUGACUUAAUUGUGCACCAUGAAUGACAGAUACCAUAAGGCGGCCCGGGAUGGCUACCUGGACCUACUUAAAGAGGCAACUCGGAAGGAUCUCAACGCGCCGGAUGAGGAUGGCAUGACACCGACGUUAUGGGCAGCUUAUCACGGCAACCUGGAAGCUCUGCGACUGAUUGUGUCGAGGGGGGGAAACCCAGACAAGUGUGACAUAUGGGGGAACACGCCGCUCCACCUGGCAGCUGCCAAUGGUCACCUCAACUGCCUUUUCUUCCUGGUAUCUUUUGGUGCCAACAUAUGGUGCUUGGAUAAUGACUACCACACACCUUUGGACAUGGCUGCCACGAAGAAUCACAUGGAUUGUGUCCGCUACCUGGAUUCCAUCGCUGCCAAGCAGACAAGCCUUAAUCCCAAGCUGGUCAGCAAGCUGAAGGAUCGGGCGUUUCGUGAUGCUGAACAGCGAAUCAAAGAAUGCAUGAAGAUGCAGAAGAAGCACCACAAACGUAUGGAGAGAAAGUUUUACAAGGAAGUUUCUGAGACGUCUGCAUCAGAUGUCAUGAGUUUCUCCAGCUACACGAGCAGCUCUCUUAGCCACAAGCUGCUCAACUUAAACACAGCCACUGUCAGUGUGCCAUAUUCCCAGGCAACUCUCCAUGCCACAAGCCGAGGGAAGACAAAGAUCCAGAAGAAGCUGGAGAAGAAAAAACAAGGAGAUGGCACCUUUAAAAUCUACGAAGAUGGUAGGAAAAGUGUGCGCUCCCUCUCUGGACUUCAAUUGGGUAAUGAUGUCAUGUUUGUCAAACAAGGGACUUAUGUCAACCCAAAGGAUCGUGCCCGGCGCAAUGUUCGCGACAUGUUUCCCAGAGACAAUGACGAUGCCAUUUCACGUGCCAUGAGUGAGCCAGACCUCCAUGGACUAGAUGUGGACUAUUCUGAGAUCAGCACUGAUUCUGGACACGAUUCCCUGUUCAACCGACCCGGUCUUGGCACCAUGGUGUUUAGGAGGAACUAUGUGAGCGGAGGAAUGUUUGACCUUAGAAGUCACGAUGCAGCCAGUGUGGCCCGUUCAAGCAAUAAUGUGCGUUUACGCAGUCGAUUGCAGCAAUACCCAAGUCUAGAUGAAGACAGCAUUGGCAGUGCACGCAGCCUACAGGAGAGAAAUGUUGAAGAACUGCCUUGGGAAGAAGUUGAACUAGGGCUGGAUGAUGAUGAUGAGCCUGAUACAAGCCCUUUGGAGGUCUUCCUCGCCACCCAGAGCAUGAACGACUUUUUCUCCAUCUUCAAAAGGGAGAAGAUUGACCUUGCAGCGCUGUUACUGUGCUCCGAUCAUGACCUUAAGAGCAUCCAUAUACCCUUAGGACCAAGGAAAAAGAUCUUAGAUGCCUGUAAGAGACGACGAGAGACUUUAGUUGAGCCUGACUACAUCGAGGACACAGAAUUAUAACGAAAGAUGUGGUCACCCAUCCUGCUGUGUGCUUAUCCGGCCUUAAAGGUUAGUGGAGCAUUGCAAAGUAAAUGUCACAUAUGGGCUGGAUGUUAAACCCAAAAGGACACUGUCAUGAUGAAUAUAUCAAGCAUGAGAUAAAUCCUUAACAGGAUUCCUUUACUGUCUUUUUAGCUCAGGAUGAUCACUGAAAAUAUCUCUGUUUGGUUUAUUGGAGUUCCCCGUGCUGCAUGGUUUCACAAACUGAAAGACCCUUAUCUGAGUGUAGCACUGUGCACAUUGUAUGCCGUUUGGCACAGUUAACAGAGAGAUGAUUGUGGGGUCUGUGUCCCCUGAACCUUUUAACCCCCUCGGGGUGAACCUGGACCUCAUGUGCCUGCAUUGCUUGUGCCUGUGCAUUUGCUGAAAAGCGUAUGUUGUUAGAAAUACACUAGUGUGAUUUAAGCUGUAACAGCAUUUUUAAUAACUAUUUGUAACUGAAGUAACAUUUACUUGUAUUUGUAUAUUUUGUCUCUGUAUAUGUUUACAUACAGACAGCCACGUCAGGUCUAGAGUAGCCCACUGGUAGUGAAGGCCAAUCCUUUGUUGUUAUUACACUUGUGAUGUAAAAUCUAAUACCACAGUAUUUUUUUAAUAAGUGCAUACUACACUGUAACAUGUCUCUGUAGAAUUAGACUAAAGUGGGAUCAUGAAAUUGCGUUUUUGUUGUUUUUGUUUACUCUGAGUGCUUUAUAUUAAUGUACCUUUGCUCAGUAGCACUUUAAUGUUUACUAUCUGAACUUUUGUAAACAAAUGUAGGUUGAAUUUACUCUUAUUAAAAAUGUUUUUAAUGAUGUAAUUUGUUUAAAGGGUGUGUGCAUGCACUACUUCUUCUUGCUAUAUAACAUUUCAUCUGAACUCAGAGUGACACUGAUUGCAGAAAAAACCUCAGUUACAUAAUGCAGAGCAUUAGCUCUAAUGAGUGAGAUUGAGUUCAUGUGUGAUGUCAUUUUUCUGGGAAUGCCCAUUCAUUAGUGAGAUAGCUUUGACUGAUCACUAAACAUCCUGCUUUAGUCAUCUCCUGUUUACAGUUUGCAUUUGAAGCUUCUUCUAAGAUAAUUGUGUGUGUCUGUAUUUGAAAGACACACAUAAAGUGUUUUCACAGCGGCAGUGCUUAAUCCAUGUAAAUUGAAUUCUGGUUCAUUUUUCCAUUUGGUGCUGUUUAUAUGUGCAGGUGUGAACACAGUAAUCGCACUCAUUUGCAGACCAAAACAGAGACUGACACUGACCACAUCAAGGCCGCUUUGAAGAAGGUGGUUUCUGUAUCGUUCCAAACAGACUCCAGAGCUGUUCAUUUAUGGUAUGAAUGUUAUUCGACCUCAAUAUGAACCAGUUACCCAGUGUACAUUACAAAUUUGAGCUAAAAAUCAUCCAAUAGCCACAUAUACUUUGUAUUGUCAGUGCGGCAAAGUACUAUAGAAGUGCUAAGAUCUGUAUGAGCUAGCAACUAGCCAUGAGAAGAACAUAAAUUCUCCAUGUUCUCCAUUAGUCCAGAACAUAGCAAAUUGUUCUUGUAUCUACUUUUGUUGCAUCUGGACAAUGGGUAAACUGAACAAACUGACACAAUUUGAUUUGCUUGGAGUUCACUUAGAUUUUUCUCUGUGUGAAAAAAUAAACCAAACAACAGGAAAAAGCUACAAGUUUACAAACACAUCAACUGAUUCUGACCAGAGUUAACGAAGUAUAGGUGUGAAAACGCCAUUGUUGUAUCACUAGUGAUAGUACACGAUUGCUGAUCCCGAAUAUCAUUGUUCCGUCUGUGCUACAUGACAGGAAAUGAGGAAGUUGUCUCAGUGGAUAAAACUAAUUUUAAAAAUGGCUCAAAUGUCAUCUGUAAAUGAUAUUGGUGUAUGAUAAUAUUAGUUUUACUGAAAUUUAAUUAAAUUGUCAGUUUUGGAGUCUGUAAUUGAGAACUAGGAAGGAUGUUCAGUCCCUAGGCUCAAAAGCAGUCUCAAAGAUCAGAUGGGUCAAGUUUCGAAGAACAACACAUGGCAACUCUUAGCGGUAAUACAGUGGAGAGUUUGAAGGGCAAUAAACACAAUGUUAACAUCAAAAACAAACUGGAAGAUUGCACAGUUGAGAUGUCCAACAUGCUUCUGCUACAAGACAUGGUAUGUGAUUCCUGCAUUGACAGCCCGAGUAAAGCCCUAAAAUUCUGCCUGACUUGCCCUAUUCCCUACUGUGAGAGCCAUCUCAGAGCAGGAAAAAGCCAAAUUUCAAAAUCAUCACUUAGUGGAUCCACUCCACGACAUCUCAUUUUGAGGUUCAUAAGCUUCCUCUCAACUAUUUCUUCCUGAUGGAGGACUGAUUCAAUUGUCUGGACUGCGAGAGAGAGAAGCACGAAUUGAGGUCUCAAAGAUACAACACAAUAUAAUUUAUUUACAGGGGAAAAAUGUUCCUAAAAAAGGAGUAAAACUCAUUUGGAAUACAAUGGUUUUGCAAUCUUUUACUUACAAUCUGGGGCUCACUUAGUCAGUAGAUGUAGCAUGUGUUAUUUUUUGUGCUUUUUUUUUUGUAGACUGAGCACCAAAGGAACUGAGGGAGAUUAGUGAGAGUGCCUCAGGAGUUGAUAAGGCAGUUGAAACACCGCAGAGCAUUGACUGCAUGAUUUAUUCAUUCAUCUAGUUGCAUUAUGAUUUUGUCCAGUUUCCUUCAGGUUUGUGUUAUCAUUAAACAGUUGUUCCCUAGGCUGCAGAGAGCUGUGGAGAAGGCCAGAAAAGGGGCAGUGGAAGUGCCUUAAGGAGAACAAAAAACAGGCCCAUAGACAGACUGAAGGCAUUCAAGCACACCUGGGGCAAAAGAGAGCAUAGGUGAUGAGAACAUUGACUGAAAUAAACAAAGUGUCCAGGAGAAAGUCUGAUAUUGACUUCCUACAGGUAGAAAACAUAUGAAACAUUCAGGUUAUUGUAUUAUAAGUAGAGGAAUUACAUAUAGUCAAGUGGGUGUGAAACCUUUUUGGCAUCACAGCCUAUUGUAAUAGUGUGGCAUUUUAAGACAAAGACUUUAUUUUGGAAACGAAUGUGUUUACAGUAUACAAAGAACAGGAAUUUCAACUUUUGGGAUAUUUAUACAGAAGAAGUACAAUGUUUCUUUUGAUGUUGUUUUUUUUGAUAAACCAAAGAAAUUUCACAUCAUGGCAUUUUUCAACAAUGACAGAAGUGUGGAGGGAAAAACCUGCAGAACCGCACAUAGGUCAGCAAUCUACCUUAACUAACUAUGGUGAGGCAAAAGCAAAGAGAGAAAAAAAGCAAUGACAAUAAACAAUGCAUCGGUUACCUGAUAUAUGUUUCUUUUGUUUGUGUACACGUGUCUUCUGCUUGCCCUCUUCUCUCUAUGUAAGCUGCGGGUUUCUCUGAUUCCAGACCUGCAUGUUCCUGAUCUGCAGUGACUGCCCACACCAACCUGCCAAGUCAUAAUUCUUACAUGGUUUGUUGCCUCUCUUUCAUCUUUUCUCUUUACUAUCCCAUCACCUAAAGCAGUCAAAGCAGAAGGUGACCCUCCUGACCCUGGUUUGUACAGAGGAUUCUUCUGUAUAAGGGUUUUUGGUUUGUUUUUUGUUCCCACUGCCACUCACAAUCAAAUUGCUAUUUUCUUUUUAUGAAAAUAACAAUUUCCAUAAAGGUCUUACCUUGCAAU